UAUAUACGGAGUACAGUAUAUAUAAGUAACAAAAAAGGAAAAUUGCAGUGAGUGCACUCCGCGAGAGAGAAAGAGAGAGAUGGCAAGAAUCAAUUCAAUUUGCGUUGCUUUGCUAUGGAGUCUUGUUCUUUUCGGAACCUUAACUCAAAUUCAGGCUAAGAAGAAAUCAUCCGAAGAUCUGAAGGAAGUGACCAACAAAGUGUUCUUUGAUGUUGAGAUUGAUGGGAAACCAGCUGGCCGAAUUGUUAUGGGUCUCUUUGGCAAGGCGGUUCCCAAAACAGCUGAAAACUUCAGAGCAUUGUGCACUGGAGAGAAAGGUGUUGGGAAAUCCGGGAAACCCCUCCAUUACAAGGGAAGCAAAUUCCACAGGAUUAUUCCAAGUUUCAUGAUCCAGGGAGGUGAUUUCACUCUUGGGGAUGGAAGAGGUGGUGAAUCAAUCUAUGGAGAGAAAUUUGCUGAUGAAAACUUCAAGCUAAAGCAUACCGGACCAGGGCUUCUGUCUAUGGCAAAUGCUGGUAAAAACACCAAUGGUUCCCAGUUCUUCAUCACAACCGUAACAACCAGCUGGUUGGAUGGCAAACAUGUCGUAUUUGGCAAGGUACUUUCUGGAAUGGAUGUUGUCUACAAGAUGGAAGCUGAAGGAAAGCAGGAUGGUACUCCUAAAAGCAAGGUUACCAUCGCUGAUAGUGGAGAAAUUCCUCUAUAAUCUCUCAUCAACCUCUCCUAAUUCCUUCCUUUCCUUAAAAACAGAUGAAUUGGGGAAAAGACCAUAGUCCAACACUAGUCGGAUGCAAUGAAUUUGCACUUUAGUUUUAAUAUUAGGUGUUGUUGGACCCUUUAUUGGUUGGAAUCGCCUGUUUUUCAUCUCCGUGUAAACCCUAUAUCAUAUACGAUGAGCUGUUUUAUAGAUGAGUUAGAUUUUGCUGCUA